UAUUUUUAGGUUAAGUUAUUAAUAAAAAUGUUUAAAAAAUAUGUUCGAUUUAUUUCCACGACUUUAAUUAAGCAAAAAGUCGUACCGAAUAAUUUAAAAGGCAAAAAAGUGAGUUCGCAACAAUGGUUAACGAGGCAAUUAAACGAUCCUUAUGUGGAAAAAGCGAAAAUGAUGAAUUAUAGGUGUAGGAGUGCUUUUAAAUUGAUCGAAAUGAACGAUAAAUACAAUUUUCUUCAACCAAAAAAUAUAGUUAUUGAUUGUGGCGCUUCUCCGGGAUCUUGGACUCAAGUUGCUAUUCACAAAGUUAAAUUAAAAAACGAAGGAGUUGUUAUUGCCAUCGAUAAACAACAAAUUUACCCAAUUGAGGGUGCAAUAAUAUUUGGAAAUUCUGAUUUUACCAACGCCGAAACUCAAGGGAACAUCUUAAAAAUUCUUCAAGGUGAAAAAGUGGACGUUGUUUUAUCGGAUAUGGCCCCAAGUGCUACAGGAAUUAAAGAAAUGGACGAUGAGAAUAUUUUAAAGUUAUGUUACAGUGUUUUAAGGUUUGCGAUCAUUAACGGGAAAAAAGGUGGAACAAUUUUGGUUAAGAUGUGGCAGUGUGGAGAAUCGAAACAAUUCGAGAGUGAUCUUUUAAAGUUUUACGACAAUGUUAAGAUAAUUAAACCAAAAUCAAGCCGGAAAGAUUCGAGUGAAAUUUAUUUUUUAGGGAGAGGUUUUAAAGGGGUUCUAAAUCAAUAAUUUUUUCUAAAAUAAAAUAAAUAUUUAUUAAA